AUGCCCAAGCAGGUGACGGACAUUAAGAACUUCCUGGCGAUUGCUCGUCGCCCUGACGCUAAGGCGGCGCGCGUGAAGAAGACUGUGCUUGCUAACCGCAACGUGCAGACUAAGUUCAAGCUGCGCUGCUCGCGUUACCUCUACACCCUCGUUGUUGACGACGCCGAGAAGGCUGAGAAGCUGAAGCAGUCGCUCCCUCCGGGUCUUGACGUGAAGGAGAUCGGCGCUAAGAAGCUGAAGUAA